AUGGCGGCGGCGGGGGGCGCGUCGAGCCGCAGGGGCCCCGGGCGGCCCUGCCCCUUCUCUAUAGAGCACAUCCUCUCCAGCUUGCCCGAGCGGAGCCCCCCGGCCCGGGCCUCCCACCCACCGCAGCCGGCUGGCCGCCAAAGCCCUGCGGAGCCCGGGGAGCCCGGGGUGCCUGAGGCCGCGCCCUGCGUUUGCUGCUGCUGCUGCGGCCCCCGCAGGGCCCCGGAGCCGGCCGCCGGGCUGGGCGCGCGGCUGCCGUGGCCGUUGAGGCUGGCGCCCUCGGCGACCUUGCCCUUGGCCGUGCCUCCUGGAAGCUCCGGGGCGCUGUCCGGCACGGGCGGCCCCGGCCCACAGCGGCGCACGCGGCGCCAUCGCACCAUCUUCAGCGAGGAACAGCUGCAGGCGCUGGAGGCGCUCUUUGUGCAGAACCAGUACCCCGACGUGGGCACGCGCGAGCGCCUGGCCGGCCGCAUCCGCCUGCGCGAGGAGCGCGUGGAGGUCUGGUUCAAGAACCGCAGGGCCAAAUGGCGACACCAGAAACGAGCGUCCGCGGCCGCGAGGCUCCUGCCCGGAGCCAAGAAGCCCCCGAAAGAGAGCUGCUGA